AAUCUCUGUCAACCACUCGAUUAAAGCGGGUCGUCACCCUCAAUUCCUUUCUUCCCCUUAAAUCAACACGUUGUUUGUUUGACUAAUCUUCACCGCCAUUCUCCAAAGCUGAAACCCUGUCUCGCUCGCUCUCAGAAUUCAUCGAAAGAAAGAUAUGGGAUUCUGGACCUUCUUAGAGGGGCUUCUGCUGUUUGCAAAUGCCUUUGCAAUUCUGAACGAGGAUCGUUUUCUUGCUCGGAGAGGAUGGACAUUAGCAGAGAUGUCGAGAGAAAGAAGAAAUACACUCAAAGGCCAGGUAAUAGGACUCAUCCAUGCAUGCCAAUUCUUGAGACUUCCACUCAUUCUUUUCAACAUCAUCAUCAUCAUCAUCAAGCUCUUCUCUGGUUGAUUUCAGUAUAUGAGGUGAAAGAGGUCCCUGUAAAUUACUCUAUCUUGAAGCAUUACAUAAUCAAAUUGAGUGAAAUAUAGUUUCAUUACUGGCAAUA